AUGGUCGAGACGUUCGCCCUCGACGUGCUCGGCGCGCUGCAGCCGGCGCUGCCGCACCUUCUGCGCGCGUCGGAUGCGAAGGAGAUCGCCGCCGCCGUCGCGCUGGUCAACCAGAUCGUCCUCAAGUUCAAGGGGAGCGUCGCGGCGUCCGUGUCCCCGGUGGUCGCGGCGCUGUCCGCGGCUGUCUUUGCGCAGCUGGCCGCGCUGGAGGGGGCGGUGGCGGCCGAGGUGGGCGGCGGCGGUCGCGCGUCCAUGUCGGAGGGGGCGCGGGAAAGGCACGCGCUGCUGCGCGGCUACUUCACCUUCCUCCACUCGCUGGUCCACUGUGACCUCGCCGCCGUGCUGUGCGACGCCAACAACCUGCCGCUGCUCGACGCGGCGCUGGGGCGGCUGCUGCAGGGGUGCGUCGAGGGCCCCGAUCUGACGCUGCAGCGGCAGUGCUUCGCGGUCCUCCAGAAGCUGGUCGAGCACCUCGGCGGGGCGGACGAGACGUUCGACACGUACAUCCGCGAGCGGAUGCUGCCCGCCUGCUUCGGCGCGCUCUCGCAGCCCCACUUCCGGCUCGCCGACGCCGCGGCGCUGCAGCUGCUCGAGGCGGUCGCGGCGCUGCAGGUUGCGAUGCUGGCCAAGCUCGGCCGUCCCUUUGCGGCGCACUUGCACGACGUCUACCUGCCGCAGCAGCUGCAGUGCUCGCCCGCCUUUUGCGACGAGUACGCCGCCCUGCUCGCCGCCGGGGAGCCGCGCGCGCUGCGCGACUUCCUCCGCUCGCACCUGCUGGCGGCGGGCGGAGGGAAGUCAUAG